AUGAUUAACGACUGGCUGAAUCGCCAAAAUCCUCCAACCCGCCCGAUUCGUCGAACCCUAUCCUGUAUCGAUCUCUCGCUGGAAUCCUUAAAAUUCGACAAGAAUCGAGAAAAACGUGCGCGAGAGAGAAAGACCACCGCCAAUGCAAAGUCUGACAUCUCUAAUAUCGAUCCGUCGUUUUUACCAGAAAAUUUGCUCGAAAUGGACGCUUCGAAAUUGUUGAAUAAUCUCUCUACCGCCUUGAAAUUCCUUUGCGGAAAAGUGAAUACACAGAAUUUGAAGUCAGGGGAAGAGUUGAAAAUUCAAAGAGUGAUCUGUAGCACGGACGAUUUCUAUGCGUAUGUGAUUCCGGAAGAAUUCGAUAUUCGAGGGAAUUUAUUGAAUUUCUCGGCGGAUUUCCAACAAUUCUUCUCAUCGCUGUCCGAGGAGAAUCGUGCCGCCUUUGGAAUCAAUGGGAAAUUCCAAAAUACAUAUUUCUCUUGGGUCAAUGUCGUACUGUUUCUGGAAGAGUUUAUCGAGGAUAAAACUUGCUAUCGGCGAGCCAGACAUGUUUGUCAGUUGCCAUCGGAGCGAGAUGAAGAUCGAAAAGAUCUGUUCUUGGAAAUCGAUACUGGAAUGUUGAGAGUGGUCGUUGUGAGACCGGAGACUUGUCGAAUGUUGCCACAGAAAUGGGCUAGUCGAACGAUGCCGAUUUUGGAAGUUCGGUUUUUGGGGGCGGAUACCGCAGAAAAAGUGACCGCACACAUCGAAUGCAUCCGCCAGACCUGUCGAGCCUUUAUCCGUUCCAUCGAUCGUCUGGAUCGAGCGAAAUACGCCCGUCACGCAUACUAUUAUAAAUCCUGGAGCACUCUAGACACCGCCGUCCUCCAAACCUACAAACCAAAGCCAACAGCCACUCUGGACCUUUUAUUUUGCGAGGAUCGUGAUUGUAUGGGAAUGUGUAACAUUGAUGGCUUCUGGAAGAGAACCGAUCCAAUUGCUGAGGUCCCACCGGCUGUGGAGAAGCUCAAAAUGCUCAGAGAACGCUUUAAAUAUGUUCAUAAUCUUGCUGCCUACAUUGUACCGUAUACGGAUGCUCAUCAGAAUGAGCAAAUACCCGAGCACUAUGCCAGAUUGAAAUUCCUGUCGGAAUUCAGUGGAACGUAUGGAACGGCUGUGGUUUCUAAAGAGAAAGCGGUUCUGUGGACCGACAAUUGCCAUUAUAAAAUCGGGUGUCGAGAAUUGAAUAAAGAGGCGUGGGUGGUGAAAAAUAAGGAUGAUCGCAGCACGGAAAAGAUUGGGGAUUGGUUGGCACAGGAGUUGAAACGAGGAGAUUAUGUUGGAUUCGAUCCGACGCUUUUGACAUAUUCCUUCUACAUCACCACCACCACCCAACUCCAACCCUACGGCAUCGAAUUGGUCCCAAUUGCCGAGAAUCUCAUCGACACCUUCUGGACCGAUCGUCCGUACCGUGAAGGCGACGCAGUGAAGAUUCAAAGUCUUCAAACUUCUGGGAAAUCUCCGUCUCGAAAACUAUCAAGUCUCCGUGAAGAGCUCUCGGCUCAGCGAUGCACCGCAGCGAUGAUCUGCUCUCUAGAAGACGUCAUGUGGCUUCUGAAUCUACGUGGCAACGAUUUGCCAUUCAGCCCUCUCACCUAUUCGUAUCUGUUUGUCACUCAACACGACGCUCACUUGUUUAUCGAUUUGGUGAAACUGGACAAAGAGGCGCAGGCUCAUCUCAACCGUUUCGACGUCAAAUUUCACGCCUACAGAAAGGUGUAUGAAUUCGUUUGGUGUUGGUUGGAAGCGGCCAAAAAUGCGUAUAAUCCGCCCAUGGUGCAUCUGGGACAGGAGACCAAUCAAUGGAUUGGAAGUGUGUUUGGAGAGUACUCGAGAAUUGCGAAUUCGAUUGUUAAGGAGAUCAAAUCGAAGAAGAAUCGAAUUGAGAUGAACGGGAUGAGAGCUAGUAAUGUACGACUCCGUGACAGUGUAGCCAUCGUGGAAUUCCUCUCCUGGUUGGAUCGAGAGAUGCUGGACCUCAAACGACAAUACACCGAAGUAGAUAUGGUCCAAAAACUGGAACAAUUCAAGAGAAACCAGAAGACCUACGAGGGUCUCAGCUGUCCGACGCUCUUCUCAUCCGGAGAGAACUCGUCGUCCGCUGUCCAUGACCCGGACCCGAAUCGUAUCAUAUCAGAACUCGGAGAGUGCCAUCUCCACCAAUUUCUCUUCCAAUCCGGUGGUCAUUAUGUGAAUGGGACCAGCAGUGUCUCCAGAACCUUCUGCAACACCGAUCCAACUGAAGAGUUCGCUCUGAACUACACAGCAGUGCUCCGGGGGCACAUCAACGUGGCAAGUGCCCAUGUCCCACCUCAUUCGACGUUUGGAAGUCGGUUGGAUGUGUUCGCGAAGAAGGAGCUGUGGAAUGUGGGAUUGGAUAAUUCACAGGCGACCGGACAUGGUGUGGGGCAUUGUUUGAAUAUCAGGGAUACCCAGGGUGAGCCAGAGAGCAGUGCUGAUAGCAAUGGAUUGGUAGUGGCUGAACAAGUGAUCUCGCUGGAGCCGGCAUACUAUGAUGCAGGCGGAAAAUACGGUAUUCGCAUUGGCAAUUGCUAUGAGACGGUGCCAGUGGAGCGGGGUACAGACAAGGACCCGUUUGUGGCAUUCAAGCCUCUAACCCUCGUCCCGAUCCAAACAUCGUUCCUUGUCAAGAAACUCCUCCAACCGGAAGACGUUCUCUGGAUCAAUCGAUAUCAUCAUCGAGUCCUCCUCGAAGUCGGCCGAAUUCUGCUAAACGAGGGAAAACUGGAGGCGUGGGAGUGGCUCGGGAAGGCGUGCGAGCCGAUUUGA